AUGCUCGAUGCCGCCUUCUUCCCCCACCUCGUUGAGGGUAUCCUCGACAACGCACCGUACGAAUCGCUCCUCGCUUUCCGCGCCUCCAGCAAGGAGUACAAGCAGCGCGCCGACAAACGCCUCUUCACGCGGGUCGCUCUCCUCCCCCGCGUCGAGACUGGCAGGUGGCCACACCUCUCAGGCUCGCUGUGCACGAUGGCCUCGCCCAACCCCUCGCGGUCAGCCUCGCCGGCUCCCUUCACCUCGACUGCCACCCAGCCUAUCCCAAUCCCAGGUGCGACCGAGCGCGCCACCGCCAACCUGGCUUCGUCGCCUGGGAUGCCUGGCCUCUCGUCCUCGCUCGGCCCCACGCCACCCGCCUCCCGACCCCUCACUCCCACGCCCGUCUACUCGAGACUGCCCCUCGGUCCGCCAAGUGCUUUGCUCGACAAUCUCUCGCUCACCCGCGUCCUCGAUCUACCGCGAGACGAUGCUCCUCGCGGAGACGCCCUCCAGCCCCUACUCUGGAGGCUUGAGAAAGGUCGGGCCCAGCUCGAGAUCGUGCGUAACGCAGGAUCCCGCGUGCCUCGCUGCAUCCUCCCUCGCGCGCACACGUUCGUCGACUUCGCCAUCCCGUGGAACACAUACCUCUUCCGCCUUGGGCCUUCCAUGUUCCCGCCCAGCACACAGCGUACAGUCCUCCACGCCGGGGGGACUAUGCACCCCGACGCCGCCGAGGGCGCGCUCGGCACAGUCCUCGUGGCGAUGGGGAUGAGCGAGAUGCCACGCUCCUUGAAGGAGGCGGUGGUGGUUGUGGGAUUGUGCGAGGGCAGCCCUGAGGCAAUCGUUGAGUAUGGCCAGCUUCUGUAUGCGCUGGCGCAGAACGUCAUGGUGGGCGGAUACUCCAUCGAGAUCGUUGGCAUCGAGUGCGUCCUCAAGAUACCCGAGGUUGACCAUGAGGAUCGCGACGUACCCGCCCAGAUCGCUCGCCAUCUCGCACCUUACAUUGAGGGCAGCACGCGCGCCGAAGUCACCGACGUCCUCUCGCACAUCACAUACACUCCAAUGGGGCGCUGGAUGGCGCGCCCCAGCGCGACCGCCAAGCUCGAGAGCCGCUUCGACUUGUAA